AUGCCCUUGCCUUCACCGCCGAAACCAUUUACCCUCUGCUCCGCCUCCGCGUCCUCUACUUCAACUUCACCUUUCGCACAAACUAAUGUCAACACUCGUCUGUCUCAGAUUCAACAUCACACCAUGGGUUCCUUAGCAAACCAGCCCGUCGCGACUCACUUCGACGCCAGUGUCGUCCCUCAAGCUCCAGAAGACCCUUUGUUCGGGUUAAUGGCAGCUUACCGAAAAGAUCCAUUCGAAAAGAAGAUUGACCUGGGAAUUGGUGCAUAUCGGGAUAACAAUGCGAAACCUUGGGUGUUGCCUGUUGUCAAGAAGGCGGAUGAAAUCCUGCGAAACGACCCCAACCUGAACCACGAAUAUCUCCCCAUUGCCGGUCUCACGGCGUUCACGACAGCUGCACAGAAGCUCAUUCUCGGUCCCGACAGCCCCGCUAUCAAGGAAGGGCGGGUUUACUCCGUUCAAACCAUUUCCGGAACUGGUGCCGUCCACCUUGGUGGUUUAUUCUUGUCCAAAUUUCUCCCCAAGCCCACACCGUCCAUCUACCUCUCCACGCCCACCUGGGCGAACCACAAUCAAAUCUUCAACAAUGUCCACCUCCCCAUCAAAUCCUACCCGUAUUUCUCGACCAAGACGAAAAUGCUUGAUUUUGACGGCCUGAUGUCGGCCCUGAAAACUGCGCCCGAGGGAAGUGUUGUCUUGCUUCAUCCGUGUGCACACAACCCGACAGGCGUCGACCCGACACAAGAUCAAUGGAAGGAGAUUGCCGUGGUUUGCAAAGAACGAAAGCUCUUCCCUUUCUUCGACUGUGCAUACCAAGGCUUCGCCUCUGGCAAUCUUGCCACUGACAACUUUGCCAUUCGAUACUUUGUGGAACAAGGGUUCGAGCUCUUGAUCGCCCAAUCGUUUGCAAAGAACUUUGGUCUCUACGGCGAACGAACAGGUGCUUUCCACUUCGUCGCCGCUCCGGGACUUGAUGCACAGGACGUCACCAAGCGAGUCGGCAGCCAAUUGAACAUUCUGCAGAGAUCUGAAAUCUCCAACCCCCCGGCCUACGGUGCUCGGAUCGCCAGUCUCGUGCUCAACGAUGAGAAACUCUUUGCCGAAUGGGAGGACGAUCUCCGAACCAUGUCCGGCCGAAUCAUCGAGAUGAGAAAGAGUCUGAAAGCCGAGUUGGAUCGAUUAGGUACUCCCGGCAAUUGGGAUCAUAUCACCAGCCAGAUCGGAAUGUUUUCGUACACGGGUAUCUCGGAGGCUCAGGUCAUGGCGAUCCGAGAGAAGUGGCACGUCUACAUGACCAAGAACGGCCGUAUCAGUAUGGCGGGCUUGAAUACCUCUAACGUCAAGUAUUUCGCAGAAGCCCUGGAUGAUGUGGUCAGACAUGUCCCAUGA